AUGGGCAUUGGUGCCGUUUUAUAUCAAGUAUUUCUAACACCAGACCCACCGGUACCGCACGUACCGGAGCUAUGGUUUGGCAAAAGUGCACUCAAACCGGGUGAGGCCAUACCCAAAGACCCGGAGGCUAUCAAUAAGUUUACAAUCAAUGUGUCCGACGAUGUGCUCAACGAUUUGCGCCGACGGCUAGACUCAGCCCGUUAUGUGUCGCCAAUAGCCGGCACUCAAUUCAAUUACGGUUUUAAUGGCGAUUAUCUGCAGAAAGUCGUCGAUUACUGGAAGAAUACAUUCAAUUGGAGAAAACAGGAGAAGAUUUUGAAUCAAUUCAAUCAAUACAAGACACGUAUUAAUGGCAUUGAUAUUCACUUCAUUCACGUUAAGCCAUCAAAACCGGCCAAAACUGUUAUCCCACUUAUGACAGGACUCCUGAGGAAUAAAACGCGUAUUUUAGUGACGAAUCAAUUGUUUGUUUUACCGAAUGUUGAUCUCAUUGUUGUCCUAAAAGAGGGCAAAAUCGGGUCAAUCGGUACUUACGAGCAGUUAAUGUCACAAAAGGGAGACUUUGUUGAACUCAUCCGACAAAUAGUGACCGACAAGACUGACGGCGACGACGACGAGGAGGCGAAGGCACUCAUCAGACGCCGCACCACAACAUCGACCGGACCCACAAUACCGACGCCCACACCAGUCGAUAGCGGGGCGACAGUCGGGGCUGAGAAGAAGGAUAUAUUGGUUGCGGACGAAACAGUAGAGACGGGUGACGUUAAGCUCGCCGUAUACGCCAAAUACGCCCGAGCGAUGACCCCGUUGUGGACGGUAUUGAUUGUAUUCAGUUAUAUGGCAUUCACUGCCGUCAACUCGGGCUCAAACUUUUGGCUCAACGUAUGGAGCGCUCAGUCGAGUGCCGACCGGAACGGCUAUUAUUUUGGCAUUUACGGACUCUUCGGUAUAAUCCAGGUGUUUGUGGUGUGUAUGGGAUGGACGACGAUAAUAACGGGCACUAUGUGUGCCUCCAAUACCCUUCACCAGAGGUUAUUGAGGGCCACAAUGCGCGCACCCAUGAGUUUCUUCGACACGACACCAUUGGGUCGGGUAUUGAAUCGGUUUAGUAAAGACAUUGAUAUAAUGGAUACGGCAAUGAAUUAUACUUUGAGGGUAUUAUUAAAUACGAGUUUCACAGUUGUGGCCACAAUUGUGAUUAUAUCGAUACAAACGCCUAUAUUUUUGGCCGUUUUCUUCCCGGUUAUGAUUGUCUACUAUUGGAUUCAGAAAAUUUAUGUCGUGACGUCUCGACAGUUAAAACGACUGGAAUCGAUAACCCGAUCGCCAAUAUAUUCACACUUUGGGGAAACGGUUAACGGCGUGACAACUAUCAGGGCGUACGGCGUCAACAACCGCUUCAUACGGGAGUCCGACGCCCGGGUGGACACGAAUCAGAUGUGUUAUUAUCCCAACGCUAUCGCCAACUGUUGGCUUCAGGUGCGGCUCGAAUUGUUGGCCAAUUUUCUCAUAUUUUUUGCGGCACUGUUUGCCGUACUGGCCAAAGGAACAUUGGACCCAGGUGAUACUGGACUGUCCAUAUCAUACGCUAUAAACAUUACGGUGUCUUUGAAUGCAUGCGUUCGUAUGUUUGCUGAGAUGGAGAACAAUGUGGUGGCCGUCGAGAGGGUUGACGAGUACUGUGGGGUCGAGUCUGAGGCCGAGUGGUAUUCGGGUCAGAAAAUACCCGACAACUGGCCGAACAGAGGAUGCAUUCAAUUCACAGAAUACGGCACUCGAUAUCGCGAAGGACUCGAACUCGUCCUCAAAGGCGUUGACAUCAAUGUUAAAGAAGGAGAGAAAAUAGGAAUAGUCGGUCGGACGGGUGCGGGAAAGUCAUCCCUAACUCUGGCGUUGUUUAGACUAAUUGAGGCCUCAUUUGGCAGAAUAACUAUCGAUGGCAUUGAUAUCAAUCAAUUAGGACUACAAGAGUUGAGAUCACGGCUAACAAUCAUACCUCAGGAUCCGGUGCUCUUCUCGGGAACUAUUCGCGAGAAUUUGGAUCCGUUUGUGAAGUCUUCGGACGAAGAGUUGUGGACAGCUUUAGAGGACUCACAUCUCAAAGACUUUGUUAAGUCAUGCGAUGCGGGCCUCGACUAUAAG